GAAGAAUGUCAAGUUAGUCCGGCAAUCGCUCUUUUUGGUACUUAAUUGUCUAAUAAGAAUAUAUAUCUUCCCGCAAUGCAAAUUCUUGCAGAAUUUGUAAUGUUUUAAAUAAAUCUAAUUAUUACGUUUCAUAGACAUAUACAACAAGCAGGUGCCUAGGUCAAAAAUUGAUGGAACAUUUAAUAAGGGGAAAAUUCCACCGUGUGGUAAUAAAUUCAUGUAUAAACCACACUUACAAAUAUGGACCCUACAGCGUCAAUAAAAAUAAAGUUUGCUUGCUUUGGACUGGCAGAGUUCUAGAAAGUAGUAUUCCAAAAUCUAUAUUGUAUUCUAAAUAUCAGAGAAGGGAAUAUGGUAUGUUUGUUGUGAGAGCUCUAAGAGGUGUUUUAAAAAUUAGAUAUUUAUUACUUGGUGGAGCUGUUGCUGGAGGAAGUGCAUUAAAUCAGAAAUACCAAGAAUGGAGAGAUGGUUUACCAGAUUUGAAGUGGUUAAAUGAUGUACUACCAGAAAAUAACAAGUGGCAAGAAUGGAGGGGAUCCAUGAUAGAUAUAAAAGAUAACAUCAAAAAUAAUAUAGAAAUUGAUCCAAGACUCAAAGCUUUGACAGAAGCAAAAUACUAUGAAUUUAAAAAUUGGUUUGAUCAAAGACUUGAAGAUGCUAUUCAAGCAGCAGAACAUAGUGAAUCAAGUCCAUCAAACAUUCAAGGCUAUCACCAGAAUCUUUUGCAGAUUAUAGAGAGACUGUACUCGGAGGUUAAAAAAGAAGUCAGAGAUAGAAGCACUGUGUAUGCAAAACCAUCUGCACAAGAUGAUAAAUCCAAAAAAUCAGACCAAGAGCGACUUAAUAGUUUACAAGAAGAAAUGAUGCUCACACAAAUUAAAUACCAGAAAGAACUUGAGAAAUUGGAAAAAGAGAAUAAGGAAUUACGUAAACAGAAUCUCUUAUUGCGUCAAGGAAGAAAACCACCUUUAAGAAAAGUCAAAAGAAGUCUAAUUGAUAUGUACAGUGAAGUAUUAGAUGAAUUAGCUGAUUUUGAUAGUGGAUACAACACUCAAGAUCAGUUACCGAGGGUUGUAGUGGUUGGAGAUCAAAGCAGCGGAAAAACUUCCGUUUUGGAAAUGAUUGCCCAAGCUAGAAUAUUUCCGAGAGGAGCUGGAGAAAUGAUGACUAGGGCACCAGUAAAGGUAACAUUGUCAGAAGGUCCAUAUCAUGUAGCCCAGUUCAGAGAUUCGAAUAGGGAAUUCGAUUUAACUAAAGAAAAAGAUUUGGCAGAAUUAAGGCAUGAAGUUGAAUUAAGAAUGAGAAAUAGUGUAAAAGGAGGUAAAACAGUCUCUAAUGAAGUUAUCUCUAUGACUGUGAAAGGCCCUGGAAUACAAAGAAUGGUGUUGGUAGAUUUGCCUGGUAUAAUUUCAACUCAAACCACUGAUAUGGCUUCAGACACCAGGGAUUGUAUCAAACAGAUGACUCAAGCAUACAUGAAUAACCCAAAUGCUAUCAUUUUGUGUAUUCAGGAUGGUUCAGUAGAUGCUGAAAGAAGCAACGUUACAGAUUUGGUAGCUUCCUGUGAUCCCAGUGGUAAAAGAACAAUUUUUGUGUUAACUAAAGUGGAUCUAGCAGAAGAAAAUUUGGCUAAUCCCGAUAGGAUAAGGAAAAUUUUGGCUGGAAAACUGUUCCCAAUGAAAGCUCUAGGAUACUUUGCUGUUGUUACUGGUAGAGGUAGACAAGAUGACUCGAUCCAAACUAUCAAAGAUUAUGAGGAAACAUUCUUCACUGGUUCCAAGCUUUUCAAAGAUGGAGUCAUCAGAUCGACGCAAGUUACAACAAGAAAUUUGAGUUUAGCUGUUGCGGACUGCUUCUGGAAAAUGGUCAAGGAAACCGUAGCACAACAAGCCGAUUCCUUCAAAGCUAGACGCUUCAAUCUAGAAACUGAGUGGAAAAACAAUUUUCCAAGAUUGCGAGAGCUUGAUAGAGAUGAAUUAUUCGAAAAGGCAAGAUCGGAAAUCUUGGAUGAAAUUGUUAAUCUGUCUCAGGUCAGUCCAAAACAAUGGGAGGAAGUUUUGACCGCUAGGAUAUGGCAAAACAUGUCAGAUAAAGUAUUUGAAAAUAUUUAUUUACCAGCAGCACAAACGGGAAGUUCAGAAACCUUCAACACAGCCGUCGAUAUCAAAUUGAGACAAUGGGCUGAACAAAGUCUCCCCAUAGAAUCUGUGGAGUCAGGUUGGCAAACUUUAGAGUCCGAAUUUUUGAAGUUCUUCGACAAGGCAAAAAAUACCCCUGAUCAUGAUAAUAUUUUUGAUAAACUAAAAGAAGCCGUAGUUAAUGAAGCUAUGGUUAGGCAUACAUGGGAAAAUAAAGCUUCAGAAAUGUUAAGAAUAAUUCAGUUGAACACUUUGGAAGAUAGAACUAUAGGAGAUAAAAGGGAUUGGGAUGCAGCAGUUAAAUUUUUAGAAAAUAGCAUCAAAGAAAAGUUACAGCAAAGUGAAAAUAUUUUGAAAGAACUAAUUGGACCUUCGACCAAGGAAAGAUGGAUGUAUUGGAAAUAUCAAACUGAAAUGCAGUCAAGAAGAAACGUAGUUAAAUCAGAAAUUGAUAAAAUUCUAUACUCCAAUGAGAAACACCCACCCGAUCUCAGCUAUGAUGAAUUGACUGUAAUAAAAAACAAUGUAGGUAGAAAUGAUGUGGAAGUUGAUAAUGAUUUCAUCAGAGAAGUGUGGAGACCUGUAUACCGCCGACAUUUUCUUCAUCAAGCCCUUGGAAGAGCUUAUGACUGUAGAAAAGCCUUUUAUUUCUAUCACCAACAAAUGGAUUGUGAUUGUGGCGAUGUGGUUUUAUUCCACAGGAUUCAACAAAUGGUUAAAGUUACGGCAAACGCUCUCAGGCAACAAAUAACAAACAGAGAGGCUAGGAGGUUAGAUAAAGAAAUCAAAGAAGUUCUCGAAGAAUAUAGUCAAGAUUCUGAAAAGAAGGAGAAUUUAUUGAUUGGCAGGAGAGUAACAUUAGCUGAAGAAUUAAAACGAGUGCGCCAGAUCCAAGAAAAACUAGAAGAAUUCAUCCAGGCACUCAAUAAAGAAAAAUAAAGCUAGUCCUAAAUUUAAGAUCAAAUAAUAUUUCAUUAAUUAAGGUAUAAUCAUAUAUAUAUUUUCUUUUUUUUCGUUCGAAUGAUUAUGUAAUUUGAUUCAAUUUAAUUGUUACUGUUGUGGAAUUGGCUUUUUACAUUCAUCAUAUUCAAUUUUUUUAAAUGAAGUUUCUGAUGUGUGGACGAAUAAAACAAUCAAACUUCUUAAGUUUCUGUUUUAUUCAAAAUACAGAAUUAUUUUUUUUCCUUGUUACUCAUUAUUGAUGUGUUUGCAAUGUCAAUGAAAUAAAUUAUUAUUCUCA